UGAUUUAAGCCAUAUACAGAAAGGCAGCCGUUCAGUACAACAGUUGUAUUGAACUGAUGGUUUUUCGUGCACUAAUCGAUAACUGAUAAAGAAAAAUCGAACUGUAACAUAUAAAGCCUUGAGGAAAUCGGAGAAUAUAUACCUUGAUGAUGUUCCUGUAUUAAAGAAGCGCUCGUUAAACCCUUUCUAUCCUGGAGAUUGCUUUUAUUUGUGUAGUUAUGUAAAUACAUCAGUUAAAUACUAAAAUAUACCUUAGUUGAUAAAUAUUACAGCAUACCGUGUUUAUUAGGACAGCUGACAGAUGAAAUCAAUGUGCCAAUGGAAAUAAACUGUGCGUUAUAAGUAUUGCAAAAACCCAUGGGAAAAUUGUACUACCGAGCAACAAAGCAAUAAAAAUAUAUUUCUUGUCACAGCAGCUGUUCAGAUGAUAAAAGAAGAGGAACGUUGCAAUUGAUUUGUGAAUCCCAUCAGAAACAAACCCAUUACUGAAACACAAGUCUAUUAUGUUGUAUUUUGUUUGUAUUCUUUGUGUUGAUGUUCAAUGGAUAAUUGAAUAGUUCUUGAAAAUCUGUUUCUUAAGAAUUCUUUUUAAUAACACAAACUUUACGAUGAGCUUCAUACAAUCGUGUCCAGGAUGUUUAAUGUCAAUGCCAAGUGUGGAUAAGUCUGAUUCUUUGAAAGGAACGUUGGUUCGUGUCCAGAUAGUGGUGCAAUUUGCCAAAGUCGGUGAGAUAGACACCCUUAAGGAACAAUACUCGGCUGAUGUUAUUGUCAAAGGAAAAUGGCGGGAACCGGCUCUUGAUGGUCAGACACACACAACUUUACAGGCACUGGAAGGUAUUGAUAUUAAGAAAUACUGGAGUCCAAAACUUUACAUUGAAAACACACUAGGUGAUCCAAAAGAAAAUAUACGGCACAGAGUGAACUUCAAUGAUAAAGGUGAAGCUUACAUCGUUGAGAAACGGGUGAUUAAAGGAACUUUCAUGGAGAACUUGGAGUUGAAUGAUUUCCCAUUUGAUGUCCAAGAUCUCACUGUGACUGUGGCCUCCGAGCUUCCCUCAUAUGAAGUUGAAUUGAUUGAAGACAUAGAUGAACAUCAUGUAGUCAAUCGACAGUCUUUUGUGGAUGAACAAGAAUGGCAUCUCUACAUGCAUACGGAAACUGAGAAGAAAGAACUGGCCAUAGACCAAGCAGAUGCUACUGUUCGGAGGUCAGCACUCUCUGUGAAAUGUCGAGCAGCGCGGCGACCCGGUUAUUUUGUUUGGAAUAUAUUUAUGGUAACGUUUUUAAUCUGCAGCUUGGCCUUCACUACAUUCUCAGUGGAUAAGAAAUACCCACAAAAUCGACUUCAGCUUUCUUUCACACUCGUCCUCACGGCAGUGGCCUUCAAAUCUGUUGUCAAUCAGAGUUUACCGCGGAUAUCCUACCUCACAUAUAUGGACAAGUACCUACUGAUCUCAAUGGUUAUGCUAUCGACGGUAUGUGCAUGGCACGGCUUAGUUACAUUAUUGGACCACGACAAAGAAAAUGCAGACCGAGUAGAAAUAAUAAUUCUUAGCGUCCUCAGCAUAGUAUAUAUCUCGUACAAUGUUGGCUUUGUCAUCAUCAUCCAUAUGUAUCCUUGUCAUAAACGAAGAACGAUGCAGCAAAAAGACAAAGAGUAUAAGCUGCUACAACUAAACUGGAUUGCUUACACAAAAUGCAAAAAGACUGAAUAUGUGCACCUUUGGCAAGAUCUCUACUAUAGCUGUGAAUCGAUCAAAAACUUGUGUGUGGAUGCGAGCGAAGGAAACUCAAAAAAGCACGUCAUAGGAAGGACUCUUAAUGAACAUCAACAACAAGUAUUGAUAGGGACACCCAGCCAUGAAAAAUGACCAAGAGCCUCAGACUCCAGAGAUCAAGCAGCUGGAGUUCUACAAGAUAUGUCACCUGUAUAAAGGAACAGGCAUAUGCAUAUAUAUAUAUAUAUAUCCGACAUCAGAAACUAAUACUGUUAUCAAUAAACUUCAGAAAAAUAUGGCCAGUACCUGAAGACAAAAAAAAAACAAAAAGAAAUAACCAAGAACACCAACGACAAAUCAACACAAGAUUUGUUCUCGUAUAACGUGCAAGCUUACAAUUUCGUCUCAAAUUCAAUUCUUUUAACGAUAAAUCAUACAAUAUGUAUGCGUCUAAGCAUAUAUACAUACAUGUAUAUACGCAUAUAUACAUAUACACGUACAUGCACAUAUGCAUCUG